UAAGUUACCCGAAACUUUAAUGGGAUUUUAAAAGCUGUCGCACGCUUUCGAAACUGUUGCUUGACACACAGUAGUCCGUUCAAAAUUGUUGCUUAACGUCAAAAAGUUGAAAAUCUUACUUAAUAUUGAUAAUCGAAGUGUUUGAAAAAAUUAUAGAAAUGUGUUUGUGCCAAUUCAAAGUAGUCAAGCUUAUAACCAUAAGCCUAACCGUAUGCCUUGCAAUAUGUAAUACUGUAGACCUGACUACGGCCCUAUUAACCCUAUGCGAAGCCACGGAAAAUCUCAAGUUUGUGCUGUUCUCAUCGAUUGUGCUAAACAGUUUAGUUUAUUUUGCAAUUUUCAUCGGCAUCAAUGGAUCUCUUCAGAAUAAUUCAUUAAAGCUAAAGCAGUUUUUAGCUGCAAUUUUGAUCUUCUUCUUCGCCAAAAUAGGACUGUCGAAAUUAAUUGACGACAUAAAUAAAUCUGAUAUCGAACUGGUUAUUCAGAUAUGGUAUCAGCUUAACGUGGUGAUCUCCGGCUUGUGUUUUGUAUUCGCAAUGCCAUUUUGCCUUAAGUUGUUGGAGAAAGAGAAUUCACCCGAAAUUGCAGUGCAAAGUGUGAUAAGUACGUUUUAAAAUUGUUUCUAAAUUUAAAUGUGUGUAUUUUAUUGUUAUAAAACUUUCGUGAAUACCAAGAAAA